AUGUCUUCACACUUAUUAAACGGCCAAACGGCAGGUGCUGUUAAUUUUGUGCCACAAGCGAACGGCGUUAACCCUGCGCAUACAGACGUAAAUGGAGUUUUGCAACCAAUGGUUCCCGGAGAUCCCAAUUUGGUUCCAAUGGCACCCCUUGUCGCUCCUGGCGGUGGAUUGCCAGCACCGAAUAACGCGAUCGGCAACCCCAAUCCCGCCAUGAACUUAAACCAGAUGCCCGCACUUUCCCUAUCAACCCUAAACAGCAUUCCCGUGAACUGGCUGCCCAAAAAUCCAAUAUACACGCAAAAGGCGGAGUCGGACCCCUCGAUUGAGCCCAACCAGACUCUGUACAUUAGGAACCUGAACGAUCGCGUAAACACGAAGGUUAUGGAAAACGCACUGAGGGAGCUUUUCAGCGCGUACCCGCUCCUUGACGUUAUUUUGAUGAAGUCGUUCUGGAGGCGCGGACAGGCCUGGGUUAUCUUCUCUACCAUUGAGAACGCAGCCAAGGCGAUGUUUGAGUUCAACGGCUUUCUGCUUUACGGCCACGCAAUGCACAUAAAUUACGCCUUGGAGAAGAGUUACCUGGUAUCUAAGAUGAACGGCACCUACGUUCCCAGUGACCGCAAGGGUGUUAAGAUGAAGCCGAGGCGGAUCAGGCAGAGGGAGUUGCUUUACUACCAGUCGAACCCCGCCAUGGCUCCUCCAAGCGUUAACCCAAUGGGAAUGAUGCCAGGAGUGGGCCUAGACCAUUCUAUGGGCGGCGUCCCCGGAUUCCCGCCGGGAAACAUGGUUCCUGAAAUGCCUGGCUUCGACGGCGCCGGCAUGGCCGGGUACGGGGCCCCUGAUCUCAUGGGCGGCUUCCCUCCUUUCAACGCAGGCAUGCCAAAUAAUAUGGGCCCCGGCUUUCCCGCCGGUGGAAUGCCGCCCACAUUCCCUGCCCCCAAUAUGAACUCUGGAGUUCCCCCUGGUGGCCCUGAUUUGGAACGCGCCGUUAUGUUGGCGCACAAGAAGGCAAACGAACUCAGUUAUAGGACCCAAAACGUCGUUAACAAAACACUUUUUGUUGAAAAUUUGCCAGAAAACGUAACUAACUUGGACGUUGUUAACGUUUUUAACAAAAUGCCCGGCUUCGUGGAGGCAAGAGUUAUCAUUCCCAGGAGAGUGGCGUUCAUAGAUUUCGACUCAGAUAAUAGCUCGAGUUACGCAUUGCAAGGUUGUACAUCUCCUUCAAGGCCAUUUGAUAAACGGCCAAUCAAUUAA